ACACGCACACACACACACACACACACGCACUCACACACACACACCGCCUCCUCCAGCCCCACCGCCCCCGCCAUGGCCGCGUCCACCCUGUCCGUCUGCUCCAGCCACCUGAGCUAUGGCAGCCGCGUCUGCCUGCCCGGAUCCUCGGACUCCUGCCCCGACUCCUCCUGGCAGGUGGACGACUGCCCAGAGAGCUGCUGCGAGCCCCCGUGCUGCGCCCCGGCCCCCUGCCUGACCCUCCUGUGUGGCCCCUCCUCCCCCUGCCAGGGAGACUGCUGCACCCCUGCGUGCUGCAAGCCCGUCUGCUGCACCCCUGCGUGCUGUAAGCCCGUCUGCUGCACCCGUGUCUGCUGCGAGGACUCCCCCUGCUCAGCCCCCUCCUGCUGCCAGCCCAGCCCCUGCUGUAGACCCUCCUCCUGCGUGUCCCUGCUCUGCCGCCCCGUGUGCAAGCCCGUCUGCUGCACCCCUGUCUGCUGCAAGCUCUUCUCCUGCACCCCUGUGUGCUGCGAGGACUCCCCCUGCACAACCUCUUCAUGCUGCCAGCCGUCCUGCUGCACCUCCUCCCCCUGCCAGGAAGACUGCUGCACCCCUGCAUGCUGCAAGCCCGUCUGCUGCACCCCUGUCUGUUGCAAGCCCAUCUGCUGCACCCCUGUCUGUUGCAAGCCCGUGUGCUGCACCCCUGUGUGCUGCGAGGACUCCCCCUGCUCAGCCCCCUCCUGCUGCCAGCCCAGCCCCUGCUGCAGACCCUCCUCCAGUGUAUCCCUGCUCUGCCGCCCCGCGUGCCCCCGCCCCGCCUGCUGUGCCCCUGCCUCCUCCUGCUGCCGCCCGGCCUCCUGCGUGUCCCUGCUCUGCCGCCCCGCGUGCCCCCGCCCUGCCUGCUGCGGCCCUGUCUCGGGCCAGCCCUGCUGCUGACCGGCUCCAGCUUCUGCCUCUAGAGCUGCUAUCUUUGCUCCAGAGCACAGGCGUCCUCUCUCAGGAGCCCCGGAACCCCUCUGGGGGCGCCAGGAUGCCCCUGCCCCUCGGUGGACGCACAGCUGCUGCCUCCCGGGGAUCUGGACGUGCCCGGCUUCCCUUUCUGCAAAGACAGGUCCCUCAACGGGGUGGGGGGUGGGGGGGCUGCUGCACCCUGGAGCCCUCCCCUGCAGGGCUGGUUGCUCUCAUUCCGGGUGACAAAGGCCACUGCUAUCAUCAAUAAAAUGUCUGGAUCAUGAAACAGA